GAAGCUAGAACACUUUAAGUAUGUUUAUAAAUAUUUGUAUUAAUUAAAAGACUGCAAGGAAAUGUGCUCAAAAUGGUUAUUUGUGGAACAGUAUUAGUGCGCAACAAUUACGACGAUUUCUUUCUAAGCUGUGCGUAUUGUAAAAGUCACUGCGAUGUCGAAGUGAGCCUGGAGAAAUGGCAAGAAUUUGUCUAUCACAUACGAAAUGUACACAAAGAGGAACAAGAUGAGGACAAGGCGUCCUGGGACAGCUCUCAAGAGCUCAAAACCGAGCCAAUGCAUAUAGAAAGUGAGGAUGAGGUUGACAAUAAAGAUUGUUUAGCAGAAGCAGCUUUCGUUGAUUUACCAAAUGCAUUAAGCGACAGAGAAGAUGACGACGAUAGCGAAUAUGAUUUUGAAGAAGAGAUGGGAGACGAAUCACCGACUGAAGCAGAUGCCCAGAAACCCGAAGAAGAGUUCAGCAAAAAGAGUUUUACGCCAAUAGUCAAAUUCAAUCCGACAUUUUAUCGCCGCAAUCCACGAAUUACGCAAUUCAUUGAGCUCUACAAGGCGCAUCCCUGUCUCUGGGAUCCCAAACAUGGCUCUUUCAAGGAUAAGGCAAAACGUUCAGCUGCCUACGCCACAUUAAUUGAGCAGUUGAAAACAAAUAUUAAUGUGCAUUUAACUAACUACAAGCUCAAGAAAUGUAUAGCCAGCCUGCACAGCCAGUACGCGACGAUAAGUCGUCAGAAGCGUACCAAGAAACUAACAAAAUUACCUUUGUAUUAUUACGAAAUGUAUAGCUUCCUAGGGAAGCGCUGUGAUGUGGAGGAGCCGGAAAGUGACGACGAAAGUGGAGAUAAUAAAAUAAAGUUGGUGUUUACAGAAACAAAUCCACUGACAACACAGUUUAUAGCGCUCUAUUCCAAGUUUCCACAGCUGUACGAUCCGACGCACAAGGACUUUGCCAAUUUAAGUGAACGCAAAUCAGCUUAUAUGUCAAUGACUGAUCUGCUUGCCAUCGAGAUACCCUUGGGCGUGGUCACACACUAUGAUGUCUACGACAGUGUGCUGCAUUUACGGCAAUGGUAUUCCCGCAGAAUCAAAGGACUGACAGAGACCCAGACAAUCGGCCUGUUGAAGGCCGAGAAACGAUAUAUUGACACAUGCAAGAGCUUCCUGAGAACGAAAACAUUCCGCCAACAAAUACCCUGUGACGUUUGCCAGACCAGCUUCAGCACGGAUCACGCUCUGCAGGCGCAUCAAUAUAGAGCACAUAAGAUCGGCGAAGGUGGCUGGUUCAAGUGCACCUUCUGUGAGAAUCACUUCGAGCGCCGCUGCCACUUACAGCAGCACAAUCAGCGUGUGCACAUGGGCAAGACGUUCAGCUGCAGCGUGUGCGAGCGCAGCUUUGCAUUCGCCAGCCAAUUGAGCAGCCAUAUGCGUACCCAUGACGAGAAACACGUAGCCAAGCCGUUUGUCUGUGAGUUUUGUGGCAAAUCGUUCAAGCAGAAGAUCCAAAUGAGCAACCAUGUGACGGCUGUGCAUACCAAAAUACGGGCAUUCAAGUGCAGCAUGUGCCCCAAGGAUUUUCUGACUAAACGCGAUCUCAAGGACCACAUAAAGGCGCAUCUGAAUAUACGCGAUAAGGUGUGUGAAAUAUGCCAGAAAGCAUUCACAAAUGCAAACGCAUUGGUCAAGCAUCGUCACAUCCACAAGGAGAAGACUUUGCAGUGCAGUCUAUGCAAUACGAAAUUCGCAGAGCGCGUCAGUUUGGGUGUGCAUAUGAAGCGUACGCAUAAAAUCAUACGAAAUAGUUUAAAAGUUGCGGAGUCAACGGACGCCGCAUCGUACUCAAACACAUUCCCACAAACAGAAGAUAUUUCAAAUAAAUAAAGACAUUUUACAAAAUUUA